UGUUGGCAACACAAAAAAUUCCGGUUCAGAUUCACGAUUUCAAUAAUUUUGUUAUUUACAUAAAACAAAGGGAAAUCCCGUCUAGUUUUGUGAAAAAGCUUUAUUAAACUACAAACAUGUCCAAGGCACACCCCCCAGAAUUGAAAAAGUUCAUGGACAAAAAGCUGUCGAUCAAGUUGAACGCGGGGCGCGCGGUGACGGGCGUGCUGCGCGGCUUCGACCCCUUCAUGAACCUGGUGCUGGACGAGUCCGUCGAGGAGUGCAAGGACGGCCAGAGGAACAACAUUGGCAUGGUUGUCAUUCGAGGGAAUAGCAUAAUCAUGCUGGAAUCAUUAGAUAGACUAUAGUUUAAGUUUAAUUUCUUAAUUUAAGUUAUAUUUUUAAGUUAACUACCAAAAGGCAAGCCAAGAUCUUUGUGUUUUACUACAAUAACUUCAAUAAAUAAAUACCUAAAAUGUA